UAUCCUGAGCACACACUGAUGAGCUUAAAUGCACGAGAAACUUUAACAUCUGCUGCUUAAAACUCACCGGUGGGAAAAUACUCUGAUCUGACUCAAAGAUUUAGUUUUAAGUUCACCAUGAGAGGAGAUGCAGCUGCGGAGGCUGGUGUGGAGGAGGACGAACAUGGACACAUCAAGGCACCAGCAGAUACUGCAUCUGGAGAAAGACGACCUAGUGUUGUCACGCUACAAAAUAUGCUUAAAAAGGUUUCCCAGAGCCCUUUCCACAACCAGCACAAGGAUGGCGAGCAGGCAGCUGCUGCUCCAGAUGUGACAGAUAAGCAGCCCUUUGGACAGAAUGGAGUACAGGAACAGCUCAAUUUCAGCCUUCGGAAUGGAAGCAACGGUGGUUUGGCCAGAACGAACCCUUUCUAUGCAUAUUACCUGGAAUCAGGCAGCCAAAGUCCUGUAACGGAUGACGCAGGAGGCAAAACUUCAGGAGAAGUAAACCUCGAUGCGAUCUUCGUCCCUCCGCCUGAAUUUCAGGGAUCACCUCAGGAAAAUGGAGCCACGGUAUCUGAACCUCAGGACCACCUUUACCGGACCCACAACCUCAAGCAAGACCUCUUUCAAACAUCAACACUUGGUCAGAACACAGCUGCCAAUGGUCAUUUUCAUGACGUAACGCUGACCUCACCAGACUUAUUUAAGACAACUGAGUCACAGAACUUCUCCAAAACAUUGCAGUCCAGAAACUCUGACCUCCUGAAAGGUGAAGUGGAGGAGCUUUUCCAGGCUGCUAAAGGAGAGGAUUUACUCCAAACUGCAUCUGCAAAGGACAUCUUUGAUGAAUCCACCAAUAAUCUUGUGGAUCCAUUCGGAUCUCCUUUAAACAAGGAGGAUGACCUGUUUCGGUCUCCUCAGCCUACCGCGGCAAACCCAUUUUACACUUCCACAAACAAAGAAGCAGAUUUUUUUGAAGCAGUUCCAUCUAAAGGUGCCGAACUCUUCCAGGAAAACAAACCGGAUACCUCGACUACAGAGAAGGACAUUUUCGGCAGGUUUUUAAAGGAAAACUUGGAUCUUUCAUCCUCAUCCACAAACACAGCCGAGCCAUUCCCAAGCCCUGUGACGAAGAAUUUGUUCCAAGAUCUCUCCAGUUUGGAUGGUACCACUCCCGCUAAACAGUUUGACCCUUUCCUGGAGGUUUCAAGCGGGACUCCAGAUAUCUUUCUACCACUUCCACCAAAGACCAACAGUGAGGAUAUGUUCAAGACAACCCCCAACAAUACAUCUUCACUCAACAGUCCGUCAGAUGUGAAGCUGGAUGCACUGUCGUCACCAGAUUUAUUCAAGAAAACGCCUCCACGACCUCCUCCACCCGUCCCACCAAAACCUUUCCACAAGCCGCAGGAGAUUGUGUUGACGACCCCUCAGGGAACCAAACAGGAGAUUCUUCAGGCGACUCCCUUCAGUCAGGCCGGCGACGUGUCUGUGUCGCCCGGCCAGUCUCCACCUGAAAUGAAUCAUGUGCACACUUUCAAGCGACCGCCGAGGCCACUUCCUCGAACUAGACCACCCAGGCCAGAAAAACCACCAAAACCUGAAAGGCCGCCACAGCCAGUGAUCCCUAUCGAACCCGAACCCAGUGUGCUGAAGACGCCUCCUAAACCCGUCUUCAGGCCUCUGCAGAAACCAGUUAUUAGGCGUAAACCAAAACCUCCGGAAAUGAAACCAGUGGACCCUGAGCACUACGUGGUCUUCGAGGACAUCCUGCUGAUUGGACAGGAACGCUGUGUGGAAGACUGGCCCGAGGACAGUCCUGAGCUUAACCCUGACUUCAAACCAUCUGGGAAAUUCAGGCUACGAAGGGAGUCACUGAAGAUAAAGGCUGAUUCUGAUGGAGGGAGUGGUGAAGACCAGGAUGGCAGCAAUAAGAAAAAAGACAAGAAAUUCAGAAUGUCUCUGCUCUCCAGGAGAGGCUCGAAGGACAAGUUUCCUGAUGACACAAAGGAGGGGAGGAGCAGGACGCUGCCCAUCCCACGUAAAUCAUCCAAGGACUACUUUUCAGACGUGCACGUGUCUGGAGGAGAGAAUGAGGACGAAGAGCGGCAUUCAUUGGACUACAAAAAAAAACAGCUGAAGACCAAAGUCAAUCAGCUGCUUCGAAGAGCAUCGACUGCUUCCACUGUGUUCGAGGGGAAACAUGUGAACGGACAUUCGCCUCAUGAAUCCAAGGAUGGUGACAUCAAUAAGAAAAGCAGCGGCAAGAAACACUCCAUCCGCCGAUGGUCAGAGGGCACAGCGUUGGAUGACAGCACUGGUGAGGAGGAGGCAGGAGGGGAAGGCCAGCACGAAGAGAAGACUAAAAAGAAGAUGAAAAUCAAGUUUGUGUCACGCAGAGGAUUUGCCAUCUCUGUUGAAAAGACGAAUGACGAGCCAAAAGGAGCACACGGAUAUUCGCCUCGCAAAGCCUCAAAGGAGAAAUCACCUGAUGAAGUUUUUGGCGCACACGGUUACUCGCCUCGUGAGAAGUCACAGGAUUUGGAGCACAUAGAGGAGAUGAAAGGCCAAAGUCUCCAGUCCACCAGCAAAGCUGCCUUCAUGGAUGAUGAGCACCUCCAGAGGACGCACCGUUUUUCUCCUGGACUAAACGGAGAUGAAGACGCUUAUGGGAUGCAAGACUGCAAACCUAAGAAACCAGCCAAGAAGAAACUGCCGCAUUUAGUUCACCGGAGUUCAAAGGAGAGCAUGCUGGACGACGCCAGUCCCCAGAAGAAGAAGAGCAGCUUCUCCGCAGACGAGUUGGACAACGAAGAGCUCAACACGAUGGAGGACUGCAAACCGAAGAAGUUCAAACACAAAGCUCCUCUUCCUGUCCCACGCAAACCGAGGACGACCGAUGGGCCGAGUGAAGCUCCUGGACUCGGCUACGGCGUCCCUCAGCAGGCCUCAAGUGAUUUGUUUGCUGACGAGGCAACGACAGGAAAAGACUUCAUGAGUCCUGGAGAGAUGUAUGACAGCGAAGAAGACGAGCUGGACUCCUGCAAACCGAAGAAGACGUCAAAACUUAAAGGCUUCAAAAAACAAAAGGCUAAAAGCAAAGCCAUGCAGCUGGAGUGUGAAGAUCCACCCGGAGCUACGUCUGGUGAUUAUCUGUCAGAGGCUGCUCAAGCCGAGUGGCUGGCUGCUCAGAUGGACGAGCGCGCCAUGGCAGGAAUGGAGGAUGAUGAUGAGGACGGGGACACCGACAGUUUGAUGGAGUGGUGGUACACGGUGGAGCAAUGGGAUGAGCUGCCGUCAGACGACGAGGAUAUAAAAGAGGAUGAGUCAAAGUCUUUCACCAUCUUGGCGGACAAGGUUCACCGCGGCCUGCGCGUCUUCAACAAGGUGUUCACAGAGCGAGCGGAGGUCCUCUGGCAGUCCAUCAUCAUGCUCCACGCCAUCGCCGACGACAUCAGCGACUUCCACCACAAAGCCAAGAUUGCCGGCAUCACCGGCGGCACCACCACCGCCGUGGGCGGCGUGACGGCCAUCGCCGGUUUGGCUUUGGCGCCGUUCACCUUCGGCGCCUCUCUGGUGAUCACAGCUGUGGGCGUCGGUGUGGCUACAGCCGGAGGCAUCACUUCAGCCUCUGCAGCCAUCUCGGACAACGUCAACAACAUGCACGACCGCAAGAAGGUGGAGGCGGUGCUGCUGGACUACGAGAACCACCUGCUGGACAUCGGGAAGAUCCUCCACUUCAUCAACCAGGGCCUGUACAAGCUGCGAGGCCACCCUUUCCUCCGGUCCGGCACCCAGCACUACUCCGAGGACUGGGAGAUCCGCCGGGCGGUCCAGAUGGUCAGCCUGGUGGACUCGCCCGUGAUGAGGGCGACGGAGAUCACGGACGGCGCCGUGGCCUCGCUGCAGGGCCUCUUCAAAGGCAUAGAUCAGUACUUCAUCAAGGACUCCAGGGAGCUGAAGAAGGGCUGCAAGAAGGAGAUGGUGGGUCAGAUCAAGGAGGUGGCCACCGUGCUCAACGACGGCAUCGUGGAGCUCAACGCCAUCAGAGAGGAGCUGCAGGACACAACGGGAAGCAUGUGAGCCACAUCCAGCAGGAACAGGACCGUUUUAUCAGUUCUUAAAGAGCAUGAGCGCCCUCCUGUGGCCAGAUGGAGGAACUGCUGCUGUGAAGUCGUGGUGACAUCUGGUUUCUCAACCUCUGUGAAGCUAAUGAUGCUCAUUUAUUUGUUCUGAUUGUGGCGGAGAGGUGACGGCAACUUUUGAAUGAACACACAGGGGCUGGACAAAAUAACGUGAACACACAGCACUUUAUGUACCGUUGUCUGGGUUAAAGGCUUCACCACCGGGUGGAUCAUGGACUCAUGACUGACACAAUCCCAUUAAAUGUACAUAACAAAUCAAAAGGAAAUAUUUUUGUAGGGCAUUAGUCUUAAUUUUUAUUAUAAAGUCAGAGAUAAUCAAACAUUAGUAGAUGAGGAUCUACAGUAAAGCCGACAUCGUGGGAGUUGAUUAGAAUUUUGUGCAAUUAAAAUCACUGUACCUGGUUGAAGACGAGACUUUAUACCGUAAAAUAUGUUUUUCUGCCUUCAUCACCUCAGGAUUGUUUCGUUUUCUUCUUUAAAGAGCCUCAUUAACAAUCAAAUGUUGUAUAUAGGUUAAUUUAUUGUUCAUAUAUCACUUUGCGGCUUUGCUUUAAAAAAAAAAACAAUUUAAAAAGCAUCUAAAUGUUUGUUUUAUUGUUGCUGUACGAGGAGUUGACAAACACCAGGAUCAGAACCAGUUGGACGGAUCUCACUGCGUCAGUAAAUACUUCAGUAAAGCUGAUUUUCAACUAUCAGCAGAAUAUUUACAUGUAUAUUAAUUCCUACAUGUCACUGCAAAGUAAUCACACGUUUGGUUUAUAGACACACUUUGUGCACGUUUGUUGUAUUUUAGGUGUCGGCAGAAUCUGUUUCAUUGCUCCACCUGUAUUUUAUGCACCACAGCUGGUGAAUCACUGUAAAUGUGUAAAUAUGCUCCUCUCUUUAUUCUUUCAGCUCUUCCUGUAUUAUUUUAACCUGAAUAAAAUGUAUCUGUAAAGAUUUUA